AGGGCCCUCGACUUCGCAGUUGAGCACGGGGCUGCAGCGUCCUCCCAUUCCUUCGGUGGUACUUACGCAAGUAGACUCUUAAACACUGGUUUCAAGAACGCCGCUGCUGCUGGGCAUGUUGCACUUGUUGCUGCUUGUAAUAGUCGAGCUAGCUUGGACGAUAUGGCAUUCUAUCCUUGCUCCUACGCGCAAGACUCCACAUCUAUGCUCUGUGUCACUGCCAGUACUUCUGACGCAACCGAGUCUUCCUGGUGGAAUUUUCGAAUGCUGGCUCGGUCACGAAGGUUGCCGCUUCCGGUGUUAAUAUCUACUCGAAGAUACCAGGAGGAUGAUAUGGUUAUAAGAGUGGUACGUCGAUCUCGGCCCCUACUGUUGCCGGUGUCGCGGCUUUGCUGGCUACCCUGG